CCCACGCUCGCAUCACCACGUACCACUUGUACUCGCUACCGCGCCCCGUCGUCGCAAUCGUCCCGCGACCCUGGGCGGACUUCACGCUUUCCGACUGCGACUGCGUCAGAACCUAGGCUUCAAUACGACAAAGUGGAGGACUACAAAAGACAACUCGUUCCGCGCCCUAUCAUAGGGCCGUGGCCUACCCUACGUCGGCUGGAGUGGCAGCACAGCGACGGUCUGCGAACAAGGUGCAUGCCGUGAGAGGACGACACCAUGGCCGACACCGUUACACCUCCGCCGCAGAAUGUCUCGCCUGGGAGUAGGCCAGUGCCAUCCAAGAAGAGAGAAAGUGACGCUACGCCAGACGGCAAACCUAAAAGAACGCGCACUGGCUGCUUAACAUGUAGAGAACGUCAUCUCAAGUGCGACGAGACGAAGCCAACUUGUAACAAUUGUUCCAAAUCCCAGCGCGACUGCAACUGGGGCAAGAAGCUGAACUUCCUCGACACCACUUGUGAGAAGGGCGCGUACCUAAUACCAAAAGGAACAGACUACCAAAUCGCCUUCCAGGAUGAAUCGAGGAUCAUUGCCGCAGAGUACGUGGGCGGACGGGAGAAGUACCCAAUUGAAGACUUGGAGUCAAUGUCACUAGGCAGUAACGGCUUCGGUAUGGGUCCACCAGGGGGACUCGCUCCUUCAGCAUCCACCCGACAACACCAUCUUCCGCCAAUGCAGGGCAUGGCUCAAGACCCGUACCCGCAAGCGCAACACAACUACAACUUCGAUCACUCGCGAGCCCCGCAGCAGCAGCAGCAUGCACGUGCAUCGUCCAACUAUUCGAAUCCAACGCCGUCAUCAUACACGAUGGAGCAUUCCGCAAGCCCUGCGCCCCUUCCUACCCGCGAUUAUCUCAAGAGCCAGGAGGAGGUGCUAUACAUGCAAGUCUUUGUUGAAGAGAUUGGUAUAUGGAUGGAUAGCAUGGACGCACACAAGCACUUUUCGCGCCUACUACCAUUCCAUGCCUUGAAUGAGCCUAUGCUCCUCCACGCCUUCCUCGCAUGCGGUGCACGGCAUCUGGCCCUUGUGAACCCAAAAUACAGUGAGGAGAAAGCGCUCCACUAUUACGAUGUUGCCACGCGGGACUUGUUGCACUCGUUGCAGGACCCUGACCGAGAUACUAUCCUCUGCGCGACCACCGCAGUCAUUCUAAACGUGUACGAAAUUAUGGGUGAGCGUGCCUUACAACGGAUGAAUCACAUCGCAGGUGCUCGUGCUCUGAUCAAGGAAUGCCGCUGGAACGCGAGGUCGAUAGGUGUCGGCGCGGCAUGCUUCUGGCUCAAUGUCGGUAUGGAGAUCCUCAGUUGUUUGCACUUCAACUGGCAGGUUGCUUGGGAUCCGGACGAUUGGGGCAUUGAGUUGGACUUUACCCCUGAAACUGAAUCAGGCAAGGAAGAAGUCUGGACACAUCGGAUCUUGUACGUGGUUGCGAAGAUAUGCAAUUUCCGCGCGUCAAUACCCCGGAAUCAAGACAUCGCUAGACAAACAUUGCACGAACGCCACAACGAAUGGCUUCGUUUGAAAGAGAUGACAGAUCGGUGGAACGAGAACAUCCCUCGUACCAUGCAUCCUAUGGCAUACUUGUAUCCAGGACAAACAAUUUCUGGAUCUGCCUUUCCCGAAGUCUGGUUGAUCAAGAGGGCUUCAAUAAUAGCGAGGCUCUUCUAUCACACCUCAGUCGUCUUGCUGGCACAGAUCAACCCUAUCCAGGGCCCUAGCGAACCCGAGAUGUGGGCCAUGCUUGAGCAAAACUCGAAAUUCAUCUGUGGUAUCAGUGCCCACGUCAAAGAUCGCGGCGUUGCAAGCGUAGCUCUUCGGUCGCUUGCCAUUGCUGCUGAGUGUCUUACUGAUCGACGAGAGCAAGAGGAAGUCCUACAAAUUUUCGACAAAAUCCGCCAAGAAACAGGAUGGCGAGUAGGCUUUGUCAAUACCGAACUCAAGCAGAGGUGGGGCUGGGACACGCCCCAGGCCCAAGAGCAGCAGCAACAACAAGAACAGCAACAGCAGCAGCAACAGCAGCAACAACUACAGCAGCAGCAGCAACAGCAAGUCAACGGCCACCAUCAAGAUGGAAAUCUCAUUUAUCAACCACAACCUCAGAUUGUAGUCCAGCAACAGCUGCCGCUAGCAACACUUCCCGCGCCAAUUACAGUACAGAGAAGGCAGACGGGUUUUGGAAAUCCCCUUCUUGUAGCGGAUUUCAGUAUGCCGCAACAUCCAUACCAAACACACUAUGUUCCUGCCAAUAUUAUCCAGCAACAGCAGCCGCCAACACUACUCCAGCCACCCUUGAAUGGGGUCAAUGGAUACGGUGGUCACAACUUCUUUUAGGUGCACCCUCUGUUGCUUCGGCAUCCCUUCAACUUCUGUUUUCGCAUAUGUAUUAAUUCAUCAUUUGUUCUCCGAGCCUUUGUGUUUGCAGAUACCUUGUUUGGUAUGUGUUGCUUCAGGAGCCUUAUCCAUCUAUUUCAAAUUUAGCGUACACAAAAGGCGAGCAUAUGGGAG